UACACUAUCGGCCAUGGAAGAUACUUAUAAUCUUACACGAGCGGCUUUGGUAGAUGCUUUUUUUAGCUGGAACUCUUUUGUGCUUAGUGAAAAUAAUUGCGUAUGGAUAUGCGAUAAUUCGUGGUUGUCAUGGAUAUGCGCGCAGUGAUUCAGAUUAUGUUAAAGUCCCGGUAUGUUUUAGAAAUUACCAAGGCUUGGGGUUAAAAAAAUGUCAAAAAUGUUAAGAGAAGUUAUUUGGAUAUAAGUACACUUCGAUCAGUUUUACAUUUGUAAAACAUACCGGGACUUUAACGUUUAUAGAUGAGAUAAAAACAACAACAAUUACAUCACCCUGAUGCCUGCAGAUUGACUCCCACAUGAAUAACUCGUUCGUGUAGUUAUUAAAUCUAUACUAGCAUACCACUGUAAACAGAACAGAACAGAGUUGUACAAGUUUUAUAGUCUUCGUUACCAAAUACAUAUGAUGUAUAAAGUUAUAAACACAAACAUGUAGAAUGCAAAUGUUAUACGAACUAUUAGAUAUACUAUUAAAUGGACACAAAAAGUGAAAAGGAUAAACAGAACUAUCGUUAUAAUUCAUAAUUCAAUAAAUACACAAUUGCUGCUUACAGAACGAGGCUUAAUUCAGGUAUUUGACUACGCUGAGCGGUUCAACCGUACUUUGGCGCUGCAGAGAUACAAAAGUUUAGCAAUACUGAUGUAUGUGCUGUCAGUCGGACUGCUAGUCAUUGGAGUAACUGCCGUUAUCAAGUACCCGGUCAGCGGCGUCGGAACCCCAUAUUACGGCGGAUGUUUUAUCGUCGGCUGCUUGGCACUGAUCUAUGCAUUGGUAUGUUCGUACAUCGCCUUCAAAGGCGCCGAUGACACAAAUAAUGGAACCAGCAAAAAAGAAGUAGUCCAUGCGAUCACUUGUCAAUUCAUUUUGUCCGUGUGUCUAUUCAUUGGCUGUUUGAUAGGCACAAUUUUCGCCGGCUUUGGGGGGCUACGCGGAAAAAAUGAAUUUGAUAAGGAAACUGGAUAUGAAGACAUAGUAAGAGCACUAUCUGGUGUGACUAUAGCUGGCUGCAUAUUGACCGCAGGAGUAAACCUGUUUGGCAUGUGCACUAUAUGUAAUAACGGGAGCCAUUUAGGAAAUAACAUUAAAAAUCAAGGUGCAGCAGACGUAACAUUUGGGACAGCAGCGACAGGCUAUUCAACACAAACUGGGGGUAUAGAAAUGGGCGUGAUAGGUACGGAGUGCGGUAUUAUAACUCUGCAUGAACAAAACAGAUUACUACAAGAGCAAGUUCGACUCCAACAAGAGCUUCUAAACCAAAAACAGCUUGGGGUUCAUUCCCCUCCCCCGCCUAACUAUCCCGUGGGUGGUGUAUAUGACAAGUCAGAGCAUCCGUUCCCAUCGGCCCCUCCAUCCCCCUCGUGUCCACCGCCGAGCUAUGACUCACUGAAAUAAAGCGUUUUUUUUAUUAAUUAACAUUUGUUCUGAAAUACUACAGACUUAAAACAUAAAUGCAAACCAGACAAUUUUGUAUAUAUAUAGUUAUUAUUAUUGUAUUGUAUACAGUAUUUGUGCUUGUUUAUUUGUGUAUAUCUUCUCUCAGUAAUGAGGAACUCAUUUUGAUAUUUCAUGCCCUUGUUUUAAUUAAUUAAUUUUGAAGCAAUAUUAUAAUCAUAUAGAUUUCAAUCAUUUUCUACAAAUGAUUGUUAAACAGUUUUAUAUGAGAAUAUUAAGCAACAACGGCGUGCCUGGUACGCACAAUUACAUUUAUAAAUAUUAACAAUUAAUACUAUAUUAGAACUUUAAAGAUUGUAAUAUGUACAGCCACUUGCAUGCCAUGUGCAUGCAUUUAAGCUACGUGUUAUUAAUACUUUGGAAUACUGUAUUCCUCGAAUUAAUUAUCAUGAAUGAAUUGGUAUUAAUGAAGAUAUAUAGCGUCUAGAAACGUGUUUAUGCAUUGUUUUGAUUCGUUUUAUUGAUUAUAUUGUUCAUGCGAGAUUCUUCGUCUUUUAGCAUUAAAUAUUGAUAUCAAAUGACAUAUUUCAUUAUUUAUUUUUAACGACGACACUGUUUCUUUUGUUUUGUAUUGCAAUAUUGUUGACAUUUUGAGUGUUUAAAGUGUUCCUGAUUUCAUGCAUUGUUUAUUAUUCUGCAUCGCGUUUUUGUGCCAUUUGCUUACAAAUAAUGAUACAGAAUUGAUAGGAAUAUUUAAUUUUGCAUAUUCAUAUAAUUUUGACAUUGAAAAAAUUUAUUUCAUUGUUAAACCUUGUUUUUUUUAUUGUUUUUUUAUUGUUUUUUAUUUUUCAAUUGCUCGGCCAAUUUUGAAUUUCUUCCCCACACCUUUAAACAUUCUUUUGUGAGUCUAUACUCAUUUUCCGCAUUGUUUAGUAAGUGCAUGUCAUUGUUCUGUUGUUAUUCAGUGUUUCAUCGUUUGUUGUUUUGUUCCAUUCAUUACAACAUUUGAUUCGUGUACAUUUUUAAAAAAAAUGCGCCUCAUAGUUUUCACUAACGUUAAAUAUUUCAAUUCCAGUUCAGCGUCCAUUUUUUAAUUCUAGGGUUCAUACAUUUUUUUCCCUGGAAAUACUCUUUUUCAGUUACAUUUAACACUUAAACUUCGCAUUAGCUCUCAUACAAAUUUGUUUUUGUUUGACUAAAAUUUAAUUUACUACAACAUUUCAAGCUACUUUAUUUUUGGGUUUGCAUUUUGCAUCUCUUUCACACCCGAUGUAUCAGUCAUCUUAUCAGCUUUUCAGUGACUCGUCCAGCUAAAAUAUUUCCCAUGAUAUCAGUGAUGAACUUUAACAUUUUUACUUUGGCAAUUGGAAUUGAAACUGCUUAGUGUUUAAAAUAUAAUUGAGGUGUUUAAAUCAUUCUUCUUGCAUGAUUUCAAGGAAAUAAAUUAGUUUAAAAUUACGCAUAAGUCAUAUUUUCAAAUUAAGUUCAGAAUAUAACAUGUCUAUUAUUGUUUAUAUAAAUCAGUUUUAUUUAUU